AAGCAGUCUGGCGGCGGAAGGCAGGCAACUCAUACGCACUAGAAGUUCACACCUUCAGAAAGGAGAAAAAUACGGUACAAGUGCUCCAUCUGUUUGCAACCAACCUCUGUGAACCUGUUCAGGUUGGAAUUGUGGAUCAUAAGGUUCCAUGGGUCGGUGGUCAGUUUGUCUCCUCUCCAUGACGACCUCCAGCAGCAGAUUGUAGUGCCUCACGUCUUCGUCUCAGAGGGUGCGGGAACCCAGACCCUGGGAAGCACAGUCCCCCACAGGGAGCGGCGGGAGAAUCAUGUGACAGAGGCUUCUCCAUCAAGGGGGGGCGGGGCCUAUUUUUCAGUUCUUUUGCGUUCGCGUUCGGGUUAGGUUCCUCGGGGCCGAACAUGGUCCUCCACACGCGCCUUUUCCCCAGCGCCUCGCUGCGCUUCCUGAACGACCUGUCCUGGGCGCUCAUCCACCCCUGCUAUUGGCUGCUGGACCACCUGGUGGCGUCCUUCCUGACCACCACGCAGGAGCAGCAGCAGUGCACGCAGGACCCCUGCGCCUCCCUGACGCCGUGCGUGCUGCUCGUCACCCCGCUGUACCUCCUGCUGGCGGUCGUCUGGCUCCCCGUCGCCCUGCUGGGCUUCCUGGUGUGGGCGCCGCUGCAGGCCGUGCGCCGGCCCUACGCCUACGGCCACCGGAGGACGGGCCGGGCGGAAAAGGGCUGGGGCGAGUGGAAGGCGCAGGGGCGGAGGAGCUUCGGCUUCGCCAGCGCCAACGUGUGCCUGCUGCCGGACUCGCUGGCACGCUUCAACAACCUGGCCGACACCCAGGGCCGCGCCUGCGAGCUGGGCCGGCGCAUCUUCUGCGGCGUCAGCCGGCCCCGGAUCAGGAUCUACGUCGACUCGCCCACCAGCUCCUCCGUCUGCACCACUUCCUCCCAGACCUUCUCCUUAGAUAACAAACCCGAUGUGAAUGGGAGGGAGGAUGAACUGGAAGGUGGGGUUGAGCCUGGGCUGCAGAACAAGGAAUGCGUACCCCUGACGGGGCAACACGCCGUUCAUGAAUGCCCUUUACACUCCACGGGGCCACCAGUCUCUGACUGCCGCCUGCACUCUACGGGGCAUCACACCUUCCCUGACUGCCCCUUAUACUCCACCAGGCAACCGAACUUUGACUGUCCCUUACACUCCACAGGGCACCCCAACUUUUACUGCCCCUUACACUCCACAGGGCAACCCAUCCCUGACUGCCCCUUACACUACAAAGGGCAACCCAUCUCUGAUUGCCCCUUACACUCCACAGGGCAACCCAUUCCAGAUUGCCUCUUACACUCCACAGGUAAACCCAUCCUUGAUUGCUCCUUACACUCCAACGGGCAAUCCAUCUCCGACUGCCCCUUGCACUCCACAGGGCAAUCCAUCUCCGACUGCCCAUUACACUUCACAGGGCAACCCAUCCUUGAUUGCCCCUUACACUCCACAGGGCAACCCAUCACCGAUUGCUCCUUACACUCCACAGGGCAACCCAUCCCAGAUUGCCCCUUGCACUCCACAGGGCAACCCAUACCUGAUUGUCUCUUACACUUGACAGAGCAACACACUCUCCCUGAUUGCCCUUUACACUCCAGAAGGCAACAUGCCGUCCCUUUUUGCCCCCUACACUCCAUAGCGCAACCUCCCCACCCAGAUUGUCCUGUGCAUUCCACAGAACAGCCGACCACUCCUGAUUGUGCUCUACAUCCUUCAGGUGAACAGACCCUUCCUGACUGCCACUUACACUCGCUUAUAGGACAACAGACUCUCCCCGACUGUACUCUACAUUCUCCCAUAGGGCAGCAGACGCCCCCCGAUUGUCCCCUGCACUCGGCUGGGGUCCAGAUUAGUAUCAGUGAUCCAGGGUCUGCCCCAAAGGGGGUAAAUUCAGUGUCGUGUGACGAGGGCGUCUUCGACAGUUGCGUCACACCUCAAGAAUCCCUGACAGGCCUCCACAGAGGCAACAAGGACAAGUCUAACGGCUCCCUGUCCAACCACGCCCCAGAGCUUAAAAAGUGCGCCAGACCCAGGAAACGUUCAGUCGGCGACGGCUUGGACCACGAGGUCUCCGCGUUCUUCCCCGCCAACCUGGACUUCCUGUGCCUGCAGGAAGUGUUCGACAGGCAGGCGGCGGUCAAGCUGAAGCAGCAGCUGCACCACUACUUCCCGUUCAUUUUGAGCGACGUGGGGCGCUACGCCUGGAAGGGGUGCUGCUCCCAGUUUAAGUUCCUCAACAGCGGCCUCAUGCUGGCCAGCCAGUACCCAAUCCUGGACGCGGACUAUCACUGUUUCCCCAACGGCCGCGGCGAGGACGCUCUGGCUGCCAAGGGAGUCCUCUUUGCCAAGGUACAGGUGGGCAAAUCCUCUCAAGGUAAAAGUAUUGUGGGAUACAUCGCCUGCACUCAUCUGCACUCCAUUGAAGGAGACUCUGUGGUUCGCUGUGAGCAACUAAAUAUGCUGCUGGAGUAUGGGGCAUAUUUCAGAAAAGCAACCAAACGUCAGAAGGACCAGGUUGCUUUUGAUGUCCUUCUGGGGGACUUGAAUUUCGACAACUGCUCCUCAGAGGAUAAGCUGGAGCAGCAACACAUUCUGUUCUCUCACUAUAAGGACCCGUGUCGCGUGGGACCUGGGGAGGAUCAGCCGUGGGCCCUGGGUACGCUGCUAGAGAUCAAUGGGCUCUACGAUGAGGAGGUCUGCACACCAGAAAGAAUGCAGAAGGUGAUGGAGAAUGAGGAGGGGAGGAAUGAGUACUUGGCUUACCCCCCUGGUAAGAAACACUGCUUCAAUCAGGAGGGCCAGGCGAUACCACUCAAGGGCAAUGGGAGGAGGAUCGACUACAUCCUUUACAGUGAGGAGGGGCUGCAGCAAGACUGGAAAGUGGGUGUAGAGGAGUACAGCUUUAUCACACAGCUGGCAGGACUCACUGACCACCUGGCCGUUGCCAUGCGACUUGCUGUCUCCAUGGGGGAGGAGGAGCUGUAGGCUGAGGGGAACAGAAAGACGAGGAUGUGAAGGGAGAAAGAGUACUUCCUGGCCAUAAAACUGCUGCACUGCAUCCAAGAAGAGGACAUCUUAUGUCUUUAGAUCAUCUUUCUUUCCCUUAUGUUUUGUAAGGGGCACAAGGAAAUUCUUAACCAAAGCUUUCUGGCUCGUUUUGUUUUUGGAUUUACCCAAAUCAGCAGGAAUGGAAUUUUUUCUACCAUGAUAAAGGCUAAGGGAGAAAACAGGGCCAGGUAGAAUCAGAAGAGAUCUCCCAGAAUACCCUGGUGUUUCCUCCUCUCUGUUCCAUCCUGCUCUCACAUCUGAGCCCGCCCUGUGCCUCCACAGUGUCUAUCUCCGCAGGAUUAAAUGUUUUUACAGGUGUAGUAGCUACAGAACUUUUUGGAGUUAAUAUGCUUGCCUUACAAACACAUGCUAAAAUAUUUAAUUUUACACGUGUUUGGAACAUACACCAUGUGUGGAUACUCAUAGAUGAUGUCUGAAGAGGACCAUUUUGCUUUGAGCGGUUUCCAUGGUGGGGAAGCACACCAUGAGGUGUGUCAGCCCAAGUGAGGACAGCUUAGAAUAUUAUUGGACUGCCAGGGGAGGUCUUAUUUACUCUACAAUUCCCGUUGUUCAUGAUCAUGGUUUUUGAACAGAGUAAAUUUCAGGCAGUCCCUUUUCAUGCCUGUAGGGGGAGUUGUGGUGUAGUAUUUACUCACUGAAGCAAAAGUUUACACUUACAGAUGUUUGCUUCACAGGCAUCCUGAAUACAGACUCACCCUCGACCUUUCCGUUUUUACACUAUUAUAAUUAUUUUUAUUUUUAUCUGUCUUCUUAUUAUUAUUAUUAUUAUUAUUAUUUGUUGCAAAUGAUGUUUUAAGAAAUAUUUUCAAUCGUCCAUUAUGUUCAUGUAGUGCCAGAGAGAGUAUGCCAUGAUGCCAGUAUCACAGAGAAUUAUGACACAAAGUCUUUGCUUUUAGAGUGACACAUCCUCCUAUUGAUGAACAAGGGAGAUUAAGAUCUUUUUGUAUUUGAUCUCCAUACAUUCUGACUAUUGAGGUAUACAAGAACUGCAGAAAGUUUAACUUGCCGGUUCCAUGGAUUCCUAUGGGAGCUGCUCAAAGGCACAUGAAGCCAGUUCAUGGAGGCUGCCAUGUUUGACUAUGGGGAUUUACUGGUUCCAGAGCAUGCACACUGGGAACCUAAAUGGGAAGGGACGAAUAAGAAUUUUUAAAAAUUACUAUUGAAUAUCUACUUCCGCGUGGCUCAGAAAAAAAUGGUCCCUGGAGAGUAAUUAGUUAAUUGUGAAGAAAUUUUAGAAUUUCAAAGUACUGUCCAAAACAGUAUAAUUUCGCCUAGGUAAAUUCACGGUUUUGAAUGGACUUCAACAGGGAAAUUAGCUUUAUUAAUAAAAUUAUUAAUACAUUUUUGGCACCAGAGGCUUAAUUAAACUGCAAUACCUCUAGUAACCACUGGAGUUUGCGAGCUUCAGUGGGAAUAUCAAUCCCUGGUCCCCUGAUACUGACAGCCACAGGUAAAACCAAAGAUGGUGGAGGACAUGACACAGUGGAAAUUUUAGUUUAAAGUGUAUGUUUUUGAUUGGCCCAGUGCAAUGAAGAGAGUUUUUGACACAUAAGUUUCUGACAAUCAGCCAAGUUUAAAAUGGCAGGUAUGUGGGCAUUUGGGCAUUAUAGUUUGAAGUAAGAAAGUUAAUCUCAAUCAAUUCCAAAACGUAGCUUGUUACAGCAAUUCUAUGUUCCAGAAGUGGCAUAUUUGAACAGAUUUUUUUUUUUUUAAUCAUUUAUUUUUAAUUUUCGUCUGCCUUUUUCUGGCACUCUAUUGAAGUUUAUGAAUAUUUAUGAAGAAGUGUGCCUAUGGUUAGAACAUGCAUUGCCAACAGUUUUGUUCUUGGUCAUAUUUUUUUUUUCAUGAGAAUUAAAGACCUUGAGCAAUCUUUUAAAUACAAAGAAGUAUUAUUUUUGAACAGAAGUGCUGAAAGGCUAAGGGGGUAUGCCCCUUCUGUAAUGAAUACUCACAUGAUCAGGUUUGCGGUACAGCAGCUAAAAGAACUUGCAUUAUUGUUUAGUUUGCUGGGUUUCAGAACAUAGAGAUCUAUUACUGGAAAACAUGGAGAUCUACAAUUAUGUUACAUCAAUAACACUGAAACCAGCCCGAUCUAUGGUAGGAUUGGAGCCCUACUGCCAUAGACAAGCUGAUACUAGUUAAUCACAGAGCUAGGAUCACUGCUGCUUCCAGAGUGGGAUCUGAAGCUGUCAGUUGGGUGGAUCAACAUGUGUCAGAAUGGUGACUGUCUGGGUAGCUAGCUUUCUAGGUUAGCAAGAUUUUUAUAAAUAGUAAUUCUGUCAGAUUUCCAGAAAAGUUUCCACUAUCAAAAAACAAGCUCAGUAGUGUGCAAGUUAGCUAAUGUAAUUUAUUCUAAUAAUGAAUCUGGUUAAAUCAUACCAUACCGUCUUUUUGAAUCUUGGUGGCAUUGCUUUGUUGCUCACCGUGUACACAGCAUAGCACUAGCUUGCUAACUUAGCUUGUUAUGCCAUCUGAAUAAUGACAGCUAUAUUUUAAAAUGACACUUACAUAUUGAUAUUCCCACACAGCCAUUUAUACAUGCAAUCAUGUACUGGCACAAGUUAGUACUGGUCAAGUGUCAAGCAGGCGCAUAUUUGUAUAAUAGGCAAGUUUUUCCAUCACUGGUGACUGGUGAAAGAAAAUGUUUACGCAAUUCAACUUCGUGAUGACAUCAUUAAUAAUAUCUUCAAAGACCUAUACCAGAUCCUCCUGCAGUGGGCAGUAUAGAAGCUUUUUUUUUUUUUUGCUUCCAAGAUAAAUAAAGAUUUCAAAAUCUUGACAUAAUAACAAAUUCUUAAUAUAUUAUUUUUUAUUUAUAAUAUAGCUAUUAAAUAGGUAUUUUUUGGUUUCACAGGGUCUUUCAAGAGGCAUAAUACUGGAGUAUUUAUAAAAAGGCAGAACUUUUUAUUUUAUAAUAUGCUGAUCAUGUGGUCUUAUUUUGCAAUAUUAUCUUCUCGUUUUAUAGCUAUUGGAAUCAUCUCAGUUGACAUUUGUCAUAUUUUCAAAGAAAGCCAUUGCCACCGCCUCAGCAUUUGCCUCCAUUAAUGAUGUGCAAAGGCUCUCCAUUGUACAUUUUAUUAUAAAGUUUAUUAUAUAAUUAUUAUAUUAUUAUAUUAAAAACAUAUUAUUUUCAA